UUCCCUCUUUCUAAAAAAAAAGAAAAAAAGAGCACAAUCUGUUUUUUGCCCCUGGGCAAUUCGGCUCCAGGGACCACGCAUUUGUUCCAUAAGACACACAGACAUAGAACUAGUCUAAAUCUGGCAGGAACUUUUGACAAUACCCUGCUUGUCUUUGCAUGACUUUCAAGAAGGCGCCAGCAGAAAGGCACUAACUUGAAGGUUGCGCCCCAGAGUUCACUUUUCUUAGAAGUAAGCCCUGCUUUAGUCAGUGGCCCUUGCUCUCUAGGGUAAGCAUGCAGCGGCAUGUGUGCUGAACAUUGGUUGAGGCAGGAGAGAAACCAGGGGAAAGCUUGGCUGUGUAGAUUAAGAGCCUUGCCUGACACAUCGGCUGAAAGGCUGCUCUGGGGCAAGCAGGGGGAGCAGAGGGUGGGGAGUUAAAAAGCUGUGAUGUACACAGGCUGGGUUGUGUGUUGCCCUCUGAAUCCUAGCCAAAAUGCUCGAGUUCUAAAGUUUCAAGAAUUCUAAGCAGAAUCAGACUGCUUCACACAGGUUUGCUGCAUGUCAUGCAAAGCCAUACUAAAUGUGUGGUAUUCCAGAAAUGUAUUGAAUUGGAAAAUGAGCCAUGAAAGUAAAUGUCAUUCUUGAAUUGAGCAUCUUGAUCUUCACCUAUGAAGAAUGUUAAGGAUAGUGUUCUCAACACUUUAAAUUCUCAUAUUUCAAAGAAUUGGUCAGAAUAAUAAUUUGUGGAGUUAAUAAUCUCAUGAGCUUCCUGUGGAAUUUGUUUGGCAUAACUUCAUUUUCUUUGUGACAGGUUAUGAUGGAUUUUGGAACUGUUGGUGGCUAAAAAAUUGUCUUUAUUUUUAUCAAUUCAGCAUUUGCAGACCUAAGGGGAGAUGUAGGGAGAUGCUUCCCUGCUGACUUGCUGCAGCCAGGUUGGGAGGUGAAACAAGUUUUUCUUCUUCUAAUGUGUGGAGGGGUUUUUUUAAGUCCCAGGAAAUUUAUCCAGGGAUUGUUGGGAGAGGGAGCAGGCUUUGGAACAAGCAGAUCCAAGUCCAUGCCAACACCCAGAGAGGAGGAGAAAUAAGCAUUCUGUUUUGUUCCUUUCCCAUCUCUCCUGGUCUCUUCUCCCUUUUCUUUCUUUCUGCUUCCCUGCCUUCCUUUCCAGUCACAGUGUUUUCUGAAUUUUGCCUGGAAAAUGAGAGAACUGAAAGAGGAAGGGGGAAGGAGCAGCAGGCCUCCUGACAAAGGAGACAGUGAGGGGGAAGGAAUGCAGAUGCUGCAUGGGUGCCACAUUGGGGGCACUAGGCCUAGAGGCAUGCCUUAAGCGAUGGGCACUAAGGAAGUGUAUAUAUUUGAGGGGUUCCCCGUGCCUUGUCUUUUAUUUAGGCCUUUGUCCUGGAUUGUUUCCCCCCUGCAGAGAUGCUUGUUCGUGUUUUUGCAGAUCUGGCCCAGCCCCAAGGUCACGAAAGCAGCAACAGUAGUCCCCUGGAGAAGGAGCUGAAGAACUGUUGGCAGUCACCCAAGGAGCUGGUUUCCGAAGCACCGAGGGCAAAGUUUCAAGAACUUGCCUGUCAAAGUGCCAAGGAAAUGGGGAGCAACCUUGAGAGGAUUCCUGAAGGGAAAGGCCCUUACUCAGUUGGAUGCACAGAUCUUAUGACCGGCCACAGCAUUCAGGGAAGUUUUUUGCGUCUCUAUUACCCAUCCCAAAUUGGUACAAGUGAUGAAGAAACAAUAUGGAUUCCCAAUAAAGAAUAUUAUUAUGGACUAUCUGAUUUUCUGAACAUAAAUCGGACAUUAGGAGGGUUCUUUUUCACAUGCAACUUUGGCUCAGUGACGUGUCCUGCAAAAUGGAACGCUGCAUUCAAGCUUGGAGAAAAAUACCCCCUAAUUAUUUUCUCCCACGGACUUGGAGCUUUCAGAACUCUGUAUUCAGCAAUUUGCACUGAAAUGGCAUCUCGGGGUUUUGUUGUUGCUGCUGUUGAGCACAGAGACCAGUCAUCUUCAGCUACAUAUUACCUUAAUGAGAAACCUGCUUUAGGAGCAAAGGGAGAAGCCUCAGAACUGCACAAGGAGUGGAUCUAUUACAGGAAAUUAAAAGCAGGUGAAGAUGAAGUUGCUUUACGUCAACAACAGGUGCAACAAAGAGCUGAUGAGUGUGUUAGAGCCCUUGACCUCAUGCUUGAUAUUAAUUCCGGAAAACAAAUAGUGAAUGUGCUGCCAUUGAACUUUAACUGGAUGCUUUUAAAGGAUUCUAUUGAUGUACAGAAGAUAGCUGUGAUGGGACACUCUUUUGGUGCUGCUACAACUAUUGAGGCUCUUAGCAAAAAUGUCCAGUUCAAGUGUGGCAUUGCCCUUGAUGCAUGGAUGCUACCCCUUUGUGAAGAAGUGUAUCCUAGAGUUCGUCAACCAUUGCUGUUUAUUAAUUCAGAAAAAUUCCAAUGGGCUUUAAACAUUCUAGAAAUAAAGAAACUUAACUACAAAGACAGAGAAAGAAAAAUGAUCACUAUCAAAGGAACAGUACAUCAGAGUUUUCCAGACUUUACAUUUUUGACUGGCAACAUUGUUGGAAAGAUUUUUGGACUGAAGGGACAAUUAAAUCCUAAAACAGCCAUUGAUGUUAGCAACAAAGCUUCAUUAGCCUUCUUACAGAAACAUUUAGGUCUCAAUAAAGAUUUUGACCAGUGGGACUCUCUCUUAGAAGGCAAAGGGCAUGAUGUCAUUCCAGGCACCAACAUUGAUCUACCUCCAAUGCCACCUCAGUCCAAACAAUAAAGACAGAAUGGAAAUUGUGGACCCUUUAACAAUUGACAAGGAGUUCUUGUUGACAGUGCUAUCUGCAAAUUGAGAGCUUGAAGAAUACAGUUUUGUAACACGAAGGCAACUGUGCAGCAAAUUAUAAUUGGUUUAUUGUUACAACAGCAGUAUAUGAAGGUGCAACCACUCUGCUAAUUUACUUUCCAGAGCCAAGAAAUAUACCAAGUAAACAUCAGUUAAUAAUG